AUGAAAGGCUACACCCCCCACCGCGUACGCCAUGUCUCCGAAUGUGAUCCUCCACGCUCGCCCUCUCAUCGGGAACCAUUGUACCCACCCUCGGCCAGCUCCACGCUCUCACGCCAAUCUUACCUGCUACCCACAUCUAGCAUGGAUCACUAUGGAGGGUUGGACCCCCAUCACUUCUCUUCUUCACCCAGCCCUGGUGGCCUUCCCCCAGAUUGCCUGAUGCCCCUUAAUAACCAGCUGUCCUCCAGCAGCACCUUCCCUCGCAUCCACUACAACUCCCACUAUGAUCAGGGUGACUACUCGCCCCCGGGUAGAGACGGCAUCGGGGGCAUAAGCACAGGCACGCUGGACACCUCCAUGUCCAUGGGCAUGGGGAUGAACAUGGGCCUAGGAGUAGGACGCACCACUAUGAUUACCAGUGGAUCUGCAACGAUAUCAGGUGCAGGGAAGAUGAACCGUGUGCCGUCCAACCUCCUUGACCAGUUUGAUAAGCCGUUGCCAGCACAGCGGGAUGGAUUCAGCACGUUACAGUUCCAUCGUAGCACCACCGUGGAGGCGACGAAACAACAGCAGCAACAGCGCACAGAUAGCCCCGGGAAAAUCCGCUACUUGGUCCACUCUGUCCAAAAACUGUUUGCCAAGUCACAGUCAUUAGAAAGCUCGGCUAUAAAAGGGAACAUGAACGGGCGCUCAGGCAGCAGCAGUGAGGACAAACAUCACCGCCGCAGCAAAAGCAAAGACCGCGCCAAGAGCGGGGGCCAAGCAAAAAGGCGCCCACGCUCUAACAUGUCAGGCUACUGGAGCUCAGACGAUCUGGACAGUGACAUCAGUAACUACAGGAACCCCGUGUCCAUGAUGACUCUUGGCCGACAGAGCUCGGCCUCAGGGUCGGCGCUGGAGAGUCAAGCAUCUUCCAAGUACCUAAUGCACGGCUACAACACCAUCAGCGAGCACAAACUGAAAACCUCAAAGAGCAGCAACGACCUAAAGCACCAGGGGAUCCUGGCACUCCCAGGCCCUGGGGGAGGUAAAGGAGGGGGAGGAAGAACGAUGGUGGUGGAGGGGAGUUAUGGGAAGAGUAGCCCCUGGUCCACGCUUACGCUGGCUCAGAGUAAGCAGUUGUGCCAGAAGGGCUCAGCCACAAUGGAUCGUUCUCUGCUCAAGUCUAAGUCAUGCCAGCAGGAACUGGCCUGCCAGUAUCUACAGGUGCAAGGCAGAAUGCCCUCUACAGAAGAUUGGAGUGGGACUUUAAGUCGAGGUGAAAUCCCAUGCAGGAGGAUGCGCAGCGGCAGCUACGUGAAGGCAAUGGCGGACCUGGAGGACAGCGACGACUCGGACGUCAGCCUGAAACCCUCACCAAAAACUGCCUCUCGCAGACAGAGCUACCUACGAGCCACGCAGCAGUCCCUCACUGACCAGUUCCCUUCCAGAAACCGUCCGCUGGAUUACUCGAUGCUCCAGGGGGAUCUGGAGGCCCUGUGGUCUCCCCUCCACAGCAUCGCCACCCUGCAGCAGAUCGGGCGCUCCAUAAGCUGUCUUCCGUCUCUACGAGAGUUUUCUGCAAAUCGCAGUGUGGAUAACCUGGACUGUAUUGGCGGUUCAGUGAACUCAUCGUUCCCUCGGUGGGAUGAUGAUGACUUCAGUCAAGGCUGCAGCACACUCGGACGCAACAGUUGCAUCAGUCAGGUGCGGGAUUCAGACCUGAACCAACACUAUGGAGACGACUCCUGUUCAGACUCAGUGUUCGGAAAUACGCUCUCUUACUCCAGGGCCGAGGAGACUCCAGAUUUACCCACGUGCUUCCGCUCCCGUAGCCAUAGCUACCUCCGUGCCAUCCAAGCCGGCUGUUCCCAAGAUGACGAUACGGCAUCGCUGGAUUCAGAUUCACCACCACCUACUGCAACUACAGUACGGACCUACAGCACCAGCACUGUCUCAACGUGUAUAACCACGUGUAAGAAGGUAGCCCCGCCCCCUGUCCCGCCCCGCACCGCCACCUCCAAGCCCUUCAUCUCGGUGACCGUACAGAGCAGCACCGAGUCGGCACAGGACGGAUACCUAGACGGCCACGAGCGCAAGAACCAUAACGACAGCAACUCUUCAGACAGCAGCCUGACCAAAGGGUCACGACCCCACACCUCUGCGCUCACUUCUCGUGACACGCAGGUUCCAGCAGCUGUGGUGCUUUCACCUGACUCCUCUCGGGAGCUGCAGAAUGAGCCGCUAAAAACAGGAAACACUUUGGCAGCGGACGAGCCCAGGACGGAGCCCGUACCUCGCCGCAAGCUCUCCUCUAUCGGAAUACAGGUGGACUGCAUCCAGGAAAUUCAGAAUAGAGUUGAGACACCGCCAUUGUCCAAAUUCCAGUCUAUUGGAGUGCAAGUGGAGGACGGCUGGACACUCAGCCGCUCCAGUAGUAUGGCAUCAAAGCAAGAAACGGACUCAGACACACAAGAUCUCUCUCUCAACUCCGUCACGACCGUCACCUCCAGCAACUCUUCCAGACCCAUCGAGAAAAAAGUCAUGGUCAACAGCUCAAGCCAAUCGGUUGAUUUCGCCGCCCAAAGCUCCCUCGAUAACGGUAGCCACGACGAUGAAGUUGUGACGACCAGCGGGCCCUCCCGCCAGCUCCUCACCAAUCGCUCGACAACACGGAGCAGCUCUUCAUCCUUUUCAGAGAGUUUAGACCCCGCCCUGGAUCCCUCCUCCCUGCCUCCACCUGACCCGUGGCUGGAAAGCGGCAACGGGACGGGGAACGGAGGCGGCACGCACGUGUCGACGGGUGGCGUGCCGGCCUGCCGACGGGAUGGCCAUUGGUUCCUAAAGCUCUUGCAGGCGGAAACGGCACGGAUGGAGGGCUGGUGCAAACAGAUGGAGGAUGAGACCAAAGAGCGCCAGCUUUCAGAAGAGGUUCUGGGUAAAGUGCGCAGUGCCGUGGGUAGCGCUCAGCUCCUCAUGUCUCAGAAGUUUCAGCAGUUUCGAGGGCUCUGUGAACAAAAUGUGAAUGUGAACACUAACCCCAGACCUACAGCUCAGGAUUUGGCAGGAUUCUGGGACCUCCUGCAGCUCUCGAUAGAAGACAUCAGUCUCAAGUUUGAUGAACUCUACCAACUUAAAGCUAACGAGUGGAAAGCAGACAGAGAAUUACCAGACAAACAGGAGACCAAGAAGCAGACGCCUCCUGUGUCAAAGAAACCUGGAAAGAGCAUGGCAGCACCGAGCCGGGAGAAAGGCAGCGAGGCAGCAGAUAAGCAGAGACAAGAAGCACGCAAGAGGCUGAUGGCAGCCAAGAGAGCCCAGUCGGUUAAACAGAACUCGGCCACAGAGAGCGCAGACAGCAUCGAGAUCUACGUCCCUGAGGCUCAGACCCGCCUCUGAAAGGCAAACAACUGAAGGAAACAGAUGAAUGAGGGAGCAUUCAGGCACUACACUCAUUCGCUCCAGAAUAAAAUGCAAAAUGCUUCAUUCUUCUGACUACCUAGAAUCAGAAGUAAAAUUCUAGAUUAUGGACAAGACACACAAAGAACUUCUCUGUUUUCAGAGACUGCCAAGGAAAUCCUCACAAAGACUCGAUUAGAAGUAUGUUAUUCCUAAUAAUUAUUAUUAUUGGUAUAAUGAUGCAAUUGUUAUUGAUAACGAUCACCUAAAUUCUUUUUUAGACUGUUUUAAAUGUUCUAAUAUCUUGGAUAAGAGGUCUAAAGUUAAUAAUGUAGCUUGGUUUAUCUCCCCACCACGCCCCAUUUCCCAUGUGAUUAUACAACACCUCCACACGGCCCAACAUUCAGAGGAUUUCGUCCUGUGUGCCGCCUCUGAAACUUUUGUCUUCCUAUUUAUUUGGUCAUUUAAUUUCAGCAUAUUUCACCUUCUUUACCAUGAUUGAAAGAAAGAAGUCUUUUGUUUCUCUUUUUUAUUUGUUGAUUGUCCUCAGACGCCUGUUAAAACAUGAAACAAACACACAGUUUUUACUUCUUUCCACUGUUAAAAAUCAACAAUUAAUAAUAAAUCAUUCCAUCCUCAUUACAAAGAAAUGCGAAGUGACUUACGAUGUGACUGAAUACAAUGCAAGCAUUUGAAGGUGAAGGGCCUUGCUCAGGGACCCAAUAGUGGCAACUUGGCAGUAGCUUGAACCAAGGACCUUCCGAUUACUCAUCAAUUAACCUUAACCAAUGAGCUGUCACUGCCUAAUUAUUGGUAGACGUGAUCAGUGUUCCAGGGUGGGGUUAGAAAAAUUGUGGACGUCAGACUCACUUGAGCUUAACUAUUGAAUGACAUUCCAGUUUAGUUUAAGACUAGGCUUAAUCCACACCCUGGGAAUUUUGGAACAAUGCUUGUCUGCAGUUUUGGUCCUGUUGUUGACAAGUCGGGUACUAAUAUAGAUCCAGGUUCAAGUUAAAGAUAAAGUACAAUUUAUAUUCCUAGUUUUUAGCUCAUGUUUGGUUUAUGUAGCUUUCCAGUCAGACAGAUGCAGCUUUGAAAUGUUCAGAUCAGAGCUUUGAGAUUCUGUAGCGUAGCUUCUCACACGAUGCAUUUUAGAUCGCCUUUAACUACAUUUUCCCAGAGCGUUUGUUUCUUAAAUUCUCUCCCGCUUGCACAUCCCAUUGCUGUAUGAGGUGGGCUGCAUUCGAGCAUCCAGUCUUGGCUCGUCAAGUCCCCGGCAUCUGCACCGGCCAUCUGUGGGGAAAAAACUGUAUUGUUUCCAGAGGGUCCUGUGUGUUUCUCCACUAUUCCUGCCAGUGUCACAACCACACAGCAGGAGUUACAGUUGCAGCGGCAGUAAGAACAAACCCUGUUCAACCUUUCCCAGGCCAGCAGCACAGCUAAUAUUCAAACUCUCUGACUGCCCCUCCACCUGAGCACCUUGUAGCAGUUGUAUUGUUUUUUUGACUGAAUUAUUUUGUCUCUGAGCAGUUUUCGUAGGCAUGGCAGAGCAGAAUCAGUACACGUUACAUCAGUUUUGGCAUAUCAGCACAAUAUAGCAGUUUCUAGUGAAGUCAGUGUUUAGAAGUUGUUUUUCAAGUAUCACAGAAAUAACUGUGCCAGCUUCAUCUCUCUCGACAUGCUCCAGCAUUACAUUUGAACAUGGAACAAAUCAAUGUGGUCCGUCAUUUACAUUUACAUUUUCAGCAUUUAACAGACGCUUUUAUCCAAAAAUGACUUACGGUAUACAGUUUAAGCAACUGAGGGUUAAGGACCUGCUCAAGGACCUGCUCAAGGGCCCAACAGUGGCAACCUGGGGUUUGAACCAGCAAAUCUCUGCUUACUAGUCCAGUACCUUAACCACUAGGCUACAACUGCUUUGGUCUUGGUCAUUUAAAGGUCAUUUAAAAUCACCUCAUGUUUACUACCCCAAACACAGAUGCAAAGAAGCUCCUUCUGUUCUGAUAAAGCCUAAAGUCACAGGCUUUGUUUUGUGGCUUUGUGGAGCACUUCUGUCCAAGCAUAAACCAUAAACCAGGCCUAUGCAACAGAUCCAUGCAUCUUUGUAAAUACGGCAUAGAAUUCUGAGCUGAGCCAGAAUCAGAACCGAUGUUAACGUAGCGGCAUGUAGAAGAAACACCAGUCUUAAUGCUGUCUGGAUGUUAAGAUUUGAUAGCAGAUGAUCAAAAAUGUUCAGGUCAGUUUGAAACGUUGACUGUUUAAGUUAUUGUUUUAUGUUUUGUUUAAUAGUAUUAAAGCAUUAGUGUCUAGUAAGGGGUGUUAGCGCCUGUCUAGGGAGAUUUGAACACUACAGUGAACCAUCAUUUUUUAUUUUCAAGCCAUGUCAUUCAUUCACUGAAACUGUCUAUUUAAAGAAACAUCAUUAAAUUCUGUUCCUUUAUACACAA